CGUUUUAAAAAAUAGGUCAACGACUGUUUAGUCGAUACCCGACCGACCAGGACAAUAACAAUAACAAAAGUCGUGGAAGAAGAGAGAAAGUGCAAUCGCCUACAGCUGUGCUGUAUGUCAGUGGACAGAAAGCAAGUUGUAAACAGCAGAUUGAGCCCUGAGUCAGAAGACCAGCCUGUUGGGCAAAGCAUACGAAUCAGACGCUGUAUGGACCGCAGGCUGACACACUCUAGGUGAUCAGUCAUCAUUAUGCCGAGGCUCAGUCGACCGUGUCAGACUUGAUUUUCAACUUCAACCUGCUGGGGUCACAAUGUAAGACUAGACGUCUAUACUGCACUGUGCACUGUUUGGGGAAUCAGCUUUUUCUGUCUUAUGAGAGAUCACCUAAAAGUAACAGUAACUUUUAACAACCCGGGGGGGCCACCAAGUCUGUUCAUGCAUCGCGUGCUGUUCCUAGGUGAGAGACAGAAGUGUUGUGACCCCACGAGCCCUCUGUGAUUCUUGAUGUUGCACACCAGACCCUCAUGUACAGUUGUGAUGAUGAACUGGUCUGUGCAUACUUUAUGAAAGAAAAUGAGUGUUGAAGAGUUUUCUUCUGCUACCAGACUUCAACCUGCAAUGUGGUGAACAGUAUUUCUUGCUGAUUUAAAGCAUAGCUAGUUUUUUAACCUGGCUAACUGAUCCUGAACAUGGAAAUUCCAGGAAAAGUUGGAUGGCCCAUUGUUGGGGACAAGUCUAUCGAAUUUUAUAGAGAUCCUCUGAAGUUUCUAGAGAAGAAUAUGGCUGCUACAAAGAGCAAAAUCUUUGCAGCCCGAUUCCUCAACAAGCCGACUUUGUUUGUAUGUUCCAGCGAGGGUGUGCAAGAGGUUUUAAAUGAUUCUGAACAAGCUUUGGAAAUGGGCUAUGAACAGUUUAUGGGACAGAUGUUUGGACAUAACAUUUUGUUCUCAACAAAUGAGAUGGCUGUUGGUUUUCGGCAUUCACUGAGCCAGCUGAUGACCUCUCAGUGUUUAAGUGAAUAUGAGGAGACACUUCAAAGGAUCUUAGUAAAAAAGAUGUCCACUCUCAAUGCUGGGAGUCCAUUUUGCCUUUACCAGUUUUUCAAGGAUCUUUUUACUGAAGUGUGUCUCACCCUUUUUCUUGGUGUGGAGUUCUCAGAGAACGAAGAAACUGCUGAACUGUGGAAGGGAUUAACUUCAGAUCACUGGCAUGGUAUUGUGUCGGUACCUGUGGAUUUGAAGCUUCCAGGGACUGGGACACAGUCCACAUUCAGCAAAGCAUUGAAGGCAAAGGCCAAGCUGUUGGAGUUGAUCAGCUCUCAGAAAAACAAAGUCACCUGUGGAUUCCCUCAUCACAUGAAAAGUAUUGAAGAGUUUGAUGAGACAGCCGUGAACCAACACUUGCUGCUCUUCACCUCUGCAUUGGUACCAAAAGUCUUAUCCUCCAUUUGUACAUCUGUCUGCAUCGAGAUGGGGAAUCCUGACAGAUUUCAGUGGCAGGAAAAAGCGAAAAAAGAACCAAAAUUCCUUGACAAUCUUAUUCUGGAAACGCAACGAUUACAUCCACCCUUACUUGGGGGGAGACGAAUGGUGAAAAAGAAGUGUGUGAUAGCUGGAUAUGCUGUUCCUAAAGGCCAUGCAGUUGUGUACAUGACUCAACCGGCUCACAGAGACUCGGCUGUGUUUGACCAUCCAGAUCAAUUUUUGCCAGAACGCUGGGAUGAAAGACCUGAACUGAUAGACAAGCUUUUUGUGUAUGGCUUGGGCCCCAGAGGCUGCAUAGGUUAUGACCUGAGUCGGCUGAUAAUACAGAAAUCUCUUACUGAGCUGCUGUCCAGGUUCACGUGGCAGAUUUGUGAAGACCAGGUCUUCACUCACAAGCACAUUCCGGUGUCAAGACCCAAGUGUAAUCUUUUGGUUACUGUAACUCCUGUUUAAAGUAUGUCUUGUUUUUGUUGCCCCAAUAUAAUGUGUCAUGACUUCAUGUGGAAAUUAUGAGUUGUGAUUGUGAAAGGGUCUAUAUAAUUUCCUCACUGAAAUGAAAAAGGUGGUAUGUGACUACAAAAGGAUAUUAUAUCCCCUGACCAAAAGUCCUGAAGGUGAUGUUUGACUUGAAUAGGAAUUAUAUUGAAAUCUAAAUGGCUUGAUCUGAUUGUAGAAGGAUUUUUAGUAGGUCUAUGUAUCCUAACUAGAAAUCAAAAGGUUGACGUAUGAAUAAAAAGGAUUUAUAUUAUACACCCUGGCUGAACUAAAAACGCCUAUCUGUUCGUGUAAGUGAAAUGAGGUUUGUAUUUGACAAAGUAGGAAGAAAUACUUGUAAUUGAAAUAAGAGCCAUGAUAGGACUCGGAGUAGUAACAUUGGUAACAAAGGUGCUGCAUGAUAACCUCAUCAUGUACUGAAUAUUUGUUGCAAUACAGUGAUGUCAUAUUUAUGUUUUUGGGUUUAUAAAUGUGAUAGCAACUAGGUUGUAUUCGCUGAGUGCAAGUUGUGGAAAAAGUUUGGUGUGCUUGAGUUAUGUGUAUACAGCUGCUAUUUACCUGCUAUUUUUUACAAAUAUUUUUUCGUUUAUUCUGUAAUUACAGUAAUUCUAUAGAGAAUAUACUUCUGAAGGAAAUGAAGGUGUGAACUCUUCCGUAAUGUGCCUUUUUAUUUGUAACUCAUGUUUUUCUCAACUUUUCAUGGGAAAUGUUUCCACCAGAAAUGUUAAUAUUCGAAGUUUUAUUAUUUUGUAUGAUAAAUAUUACAAAAGAUCUGACCAGUUACAAUGUAUGAUUUUUUUAAACAAAUUUUUUUCAUUGUUUAUUCAUUACUCUAAGGCCCAAGCCCCAAUGUGUGUAUGUCUGUCAGGUGACAUUGUGCUCAUCUGCUGUGCUUGUUAUGUUACAUCAGGCUCAAUGUUUUCAUUUCUUUUGCUCUGGGAUAACAUUUGUUGAUCUCAAAAUAAUCACUUGUGAUAUAUAUCUAGGAAUAAAAAUUCACGUCGAAGGUCUGAAUUAAAAAAAAAAAUUUGCUUCCUUGUUCGUCAAUUCGAGAUGCCAAACUGAAUAUGCUGUGGUCUGUCAGAAUGUCUCCUCCAAGCUGCUGUAAAGUUUUUCUCUUUGUGGCUGUGGAGGAGGAGGGAUUUUUAUACAAUUUCCUUAGUUAAUUAUGACCUAGCCUUUUUGAAAAAAAAAUUAAGUAAGAAAGGAAGGAGGAAGUAAUUCUAAGGGGGGGGGGGGGG